UCCUAAAAAAGUCAGGAAAAUAUUCUAAAAAUACUUCUGGUACCUCAAAACAGACAUAGGCAGUAUGGUAAAUCCACAUUGGUUUUAUUUAAGAGUAACCGAGUUGGAAGGGACCUUUGGAGUCUUCUAGUCCAACCUCCUGCUCAAGCAGGAGAUCCCAAUACCAUUUCAGACAAACUCGGCUGUCCGGUCUCUUCAAAGCCUCCAGUGAUUUACUACCCACAGCUUCUGAAAGCAAGCUGUUCCACUAAUUGUUCUGUCAGGACGUUUCUUCUUAGUUCUUAGGUUGUGCUUCUCCUUGAUUAGUUUCCAUCCAUUGCUUCUUGUCCUGUCUUCAGGUGCUUUGGAAAAGAGGUUCCUCUUUGUGGCAGCGCCUUCAAUUUUGGAACACUGCUAGUUUUUGUUUUUUUUUCCAGAAGACUAGGCAUACCCGAUUCCUGCAACCAUUCUUCAUAUGUUUUAGCCUCCAGACCCCUUACUGUUCUUUUUAUAUUGUGGCAACCAAAACUAGAUUCAAUAUUCCAAGUGUGGUCUUACCAAGGCAUUUACAAAGUUCUAAUAAUUCAGUGAUCUUGUUAUUCUUUACUGAUCCAUGUAAGAAAUACUGUGAUAAGGAUAGCUAAAAUCUGAAGGGUACAGGUGAGGAUCUGGUUCUGAUCUAGAUCUAGAAAAGUAUGGUACUUGGGAAGUGGUUGGGUUCAAAAUGCUUAAAUAUAAUAUAGAACAAACCUGAUUUUUUCUCUCCCCUACCCCCCCCCUUUUUUUUUUUGUCCUGGACUCAAAUCUUCAACCUUGCAGUAGCUAGUGAGAAUAAGUUGCUGUGCUUUAUUUUCCAAAAUAAAAUUAAUUUUAUUUAGAUUUAUAGAUUCAUUAUAAGAUUCUAACAGAUUCCUGACUUCUUUUUUUGCCAUCAUAGAUCAAUAACAACUCUUCUAAAAUGUGCUUCGUGUACUUCAUGUACCUACUGUGCAAACCUUGGCAAAGUAGCCAAUAACUGGUUACUGGCAGGAUAAGGGGACCUGAAUCCCUUUCGUUUACAUGAAAGCUGGUAGCGCUAGGGCAACUGUUGGCUAUGCAUGAUGACAGUAUUAUAUUUUACUAGCAUAGAAUUUUUAACAAAAAGUAGCAGGAAAAAUGAAAUUGAGAAAAAGUAUGAUAGAUAAAACGUUAUAGCAGUUUACAUAUGUCAAUGCUUCCCCAGCAGGGUUACAUCACAAUUCAUUUCCCAUAUUCAAUCCUUUUCAGUCAACCAUUCCAGAUAUCAAGCCAUUUUUACCAAUUUCAGUAAAUGUCCAUAAAGGUAACAACACACAGUUGCAUACGUAAUCAAACAUCCAAUUUUUGUUUUUGCUAGUUUUGUCAUUCAUUGUGGAUAAUAAAGCUGUUUUUCCAGCUUUGUACAAAAAACUUCGCUUUUCCAAAUCCAAUCUUGCCUAUUUUUUCUAAUUGGCUAUAAAUCCUAAUAGAAAAAAAAUAUGGUUUCAUUUAAAUUAUUAGUAUCAUGUGCAUAUUUUCACAAAUUACCAUGUCAAGUCCGUUCAUGCAUUCCAGUUUUCUGGCAGUUAAAAUUUGACCAGUCCCUGACCAGAAAUCAAAUAUAUAAUAAUGUUCAAUAUUGACAUUUCAUUGAGGUCCUAAUGGAGACUUUCCACAUGGCUUCAUUGCUAGAUGACAGGAAUUUGCAACUAUACAUCACUUCUGGGAUUCUUCCAAUAGCUCAAAGCUAUCAAAGUGAUACUUAGGGUUGAGUUAAAUAAAACAUCAGAAUAAAUCUUACAUUAUGAAAUCAGUGUAAGAGUCUUCUAAAAUGGUUGAAGUGCAUAUAUGAUACUGAAAAUUGUUAGUGCAGAAAGCUAAGGAAUUUGGCCCAGUUUAAGAAUAUGCAGUAUGUAUUACUUUUUACAUUUCUAUUGUAAAAUUUUAGUCGAGUGAUUAGGGAAAACAGGAAAUACUGUAUUCAGAGGUCAUAAUUAUAACUACUUGCACUGAUAACAUGCUGCAUAUUUUUAUUAGUUUUCAAAUGAUUUUCUUACAAAAUACUGAUACUCUUAGGAGGGUAACUUCAUAUUGAUGAGUGAUGUCAUAAUAGAGAAUAUUCCAUAGCAUGCUGUUAUAGAAACAACUAUAACAUGGCAUGGAAUGAUUGGCUUGAUGUUAGAUACCUUGCUUGCAUUUAGAUGUCUGAUUGUCUUGCAAGUUAGAUACAUUGGCUUGAGUUUGGAGUGUCAUAAAGUUAACUGAAAGGUAGGCUCAUUCUAGUUGGAAUGAUUAUGAUAUGAAAGCAUUAGUUUACCAUUCAUGGCUUAGUAGAUAGAUAGGAGUUAGGUUAACUCACCUGGGAGGCAAUUUGCUUCAUUCUCUGCAAAAACAGUGUAAACUAGUUGUUAUUCUUAAUAGCCAAUUCCUUUUUGAUACACCCAAAAAAGAUUUGGGAGAACAUAAAGUGAAGCAUAGAAGUCACAGCAGGAGAGUGUUUGUCUUUUUCUCCAUCUCCUGCAAUUCUGCUCCAACUUGUUUUUCGUGUCAUUCUCACUACACCUGUUGCCAGUUACUUUCUUUCCCGAAAAUGAUAAGGCUCCAUGAAAACUGGAGAGGAAAAGCUUUUCUGCUUUUAUCCCCACUAUACAAUUACAAAACAUGAUUUGUUUAGGGCCUACAAACUAUUUUGGGCAGACAUUGUAGUCACAAUAUGUGGGAGUAACAUUCAAACCUCUUUCAGGUGUUUGGCUUCUCCAAACCCCUCUUUGGUGUAAGAAAGGCACAAGUAGACAAUAAGGUCAUUGGUUUUCAGUUAACUUAACUUCCAGCUAUGUGCAAUAAUGGGUGAAAACAUGACAAGUCUAUAGAAAUCACCACCACUUUGGAUAUGGGAAUCUGGUAGAAGGUCAUCCUUCAGCAAGGUUUCAUCCUGCCCCCUAAUUUUGUUUAGACUUCAACUCUUAAUGGAUUUUACCAAGUUUCCAGACUGUAUGGAGGGACUCGGAGACAGAUUCAUGAAAUGUUCAGUGGAAUCUAGGACAAGACCAAACUGUGAAGCCAAUUUUAAGGUUAUGCUGCAUAUGCCUCCAGAUGGACUCCAAGAAAAAACAGGUCAUGUGACACAUGAAGUAGACCAACACUGGAAGAGAAGAAACUGCACCAAAGGAGCAUUUAAUGUCAUUGCCACAACUGGAUCCAUGAAACUGCGGAAAAGAAGGACAAACUUGACCCACAAGCUUUCAGAUUCUGGUUGCAGAUUCUGGGAAGAAUUUUCAAUUCAUCUUGAUCAUACCGCAAGCUUUUAUAAGUACUCCAGGUAUCAAAAUGCUAAUGUUUCCGUCACUGAUCUGAUAGAGGAAUUGAAAAUAGAGGACCAAAAUUCUCUGUCUGCACUGCCUACAGCUCGGCUUCCUUCCACAGAAAGUCCCAAUGACAUUGAUAUGGAACCCACCAGUGAUCUCCAAACAGCAAGUGAGAUGAUGAAUCUUCCCCAGAGAUAUUCCAGGACUGCAGAACCUUCCACAGGGUUGGGAGCUUUUACUGAUGCAGCAGGACUGAUACCUGAUCACCCCUCGCUCAUGGAUGUUGAGUUUUCAGAAUCUGCAGGACUGACAUCAAAUCCUGCGGUGGCUCCUUUGCCCCUGCUAGCAGGAUCUGAUGGUGACAUUGUGAUGCAUGAUGAAACAAUGAUCAGGAAGUCAAAAGGGAUACCAAUCCUAGAACGAGUUGGGGAAACACUACGGCAAAAAAAACUGCGUGUCACCCAGGCUUGAGUGAUGUUGAAAUAAACCCCACGGCUCCUUUGGGGUCUUUUCUACUGUCUGUGAAUGCUUAACUCUGAUGAGCAUUAAUGGAUUUUCACAGCUUCACAAAUAAGACACGUUAUAAAAUAGCUGCGGUGAAAUAAAAC